AUGCGGCCCUCAUUCUUCACAUCUGCAAUCCUCUCAGCCACUCCGGCGUUAGGCUUGGUCCGCUCGCCCCAGCCGUCUUUGACCAAUGGCCAAUACGUCGUCGGAGGCUAUGGCUAUGCCAACCGAGCGAUCUUCGACUUCAAGAGCAGAACCACCCUCCCCGACGGCUUGUAUGCUAGCACCUGGCCUAUUGGCGACACUCACAAGUUUGACGCCUCUAACGUCGUAGUUGGCGGAGGCUACCUCAACUUGAAGGUCCCCGGUGGCCAGAGUGCAAAGCCUUACAGCUCCGCUGAAGUAUCCACAACAUUUAGCAACAUCAAGUACGCUUCCGUUCGUACUGUCGCCAUCUUUAGCGAGCCCGCUGGUGUCUGCAACGGCAUCUUCUUUUACAAAAACGACACCCAGGAGACGGAUAUUGAAUGGCUUUCCGAUGCGUCGUCCCUGAGCAACCAGGGCACCCGCAAGGUCUGGUUCACCAACCAGGAUGCCGACCUGAACGGCGUCAAGACGUACCAGGCCUUCCCGCCCCCUGCCAGCCCUACCACGACCGAGCACGAAUAUCGCCUGGACUGGACUCCCGGCCGUGUUCGGUGGUUCGUCGACGGCAACGAAAUCUGGAACACCACUAGUGAUGUUCCCAAUACUACCGGUCCCUGGGUCUUCAACAACUGGUCCAACGGCGACAAGGGCUGGAGCGCCGGCCCUCCUGCCACCCAGGCCGACUUCAAGAUCAAGGACAUCUACAUGUACUAUAACACCGCAGCCUCUUAG